AACAGUUGGUUAGAUUACAAUUAAUUAAUCUCAUAGUUUGUCUCAAUAGUUCAACCGUGUCCUGUCUUUUUCAGAUUUUAUUCAUUUAAAUCAUGUCGCUCUACCCGACUCUCGAAGACAUGAAGGUGUCUAAAAUGGAACAGGCACAGUACGUGGCUCCUCCUUCGUACGGCAGUGGCUCUUUUGCAUCCGCUCCACUCUACCAGCAUGCAAUUGCUAGUGCACCUGCUGCCGGCUAUGAUGCGUCAGCCUACACUUUCAGCAUGCACGCACCUCCGUCGUCCUCUUCUGCCGGACAGUCACUCUACCCAACUGUGGAUGACUACAUGGGACUGAGUCUACAGAGUUACAGGAGUCCAGCUGCGCCAGCUUCUGGACAAGUGAGUGAGAGAAUGGAGUACUCCAGGGCACCAGUGUCCUCGCAGAAUGUCCAGGGCAUCAAGAGAGCCCUCAUUCGGCCAGGUGUUUCGGAGGUUACUCUGUGCCACGACAACAAAGGAACUGUCGGACUCAAGUUCCGAGACCUCAACAAGGGUGUGUUUGUGCAGUUUGUUGCGGAAGAUAGUCCGGCUGCCAUGGCGGGGGUGAGGUUUGGAGAUCAGCUGCUCACAGUGAAUGACGAGGUGGUGGCUGGAUACUCGGCCGACAAAGUGCACAAACUCAUUAAGAAGGCCGGUCCCAAUAACAUCCGAUUGGCUAUGCGCGACAGACCAUUUGAGCGCAUUAUAACCCUAACGAAGGACUCCGGAGGACUGACUGGGUUCGGUUUCACAGACGGGAAGAUUGUGAGUAUCUUGAAGGAGUCGAGUGCCGCGAGGAACGGGGUGGUGACUGACCAUCAGCUGGUUGAAGUGGACGGACGCAAUGUUAUUGGACUGAAGGACAAAAUAAUCACCAAGUAUAUUGAGGAGGCAGGACCCGUUGUCACGCUCACUCUAAUGCCCUCGGAAAUAUAUGAUCACAUGAUCAAAAAAAUCGGAUCUUUGAUCAAAUCGAUGGAUCACUCAGAACCCUCUUGUUGAGUUUGACUUGAAGAUGAUUGAGUGACAGGAACGAAAGGGACAUGGCGACUUCGAGUCAAACGAAUAAUUCCUUCAGUCUUCUUUGGAUAUUCCCUGUUCAGUCGAAUUUCAAGUAACAAUUCGACCUUGUUAUAUUAGAGCUAGCAUGCUGUCACAUCCUAACUAAGUUAACAAUACCAGGGGCGGAUCUCUGAUUUUUUGAAGGGGUUGAUAUUUUUCAA